AUGAACCCAGAUGAUGAGUUGCUGAAGAAGCGGCAAUCUGUCCUCGACGUGGGUCAGAAAAACCAAUUUGAAGCCGUGCAGAUGGAGAUUCGACGCAACAACGAAACGCUCGCUUCGCUGCGCCGGGAGAACAAGGAACUCCGCGCUGCUCUCCAGAUGUCUCUUCGUGGACAGAGCAACGUCAGCAUUGAAGAUCACUACGCGAAGGAGGAGGAGCUGAUCCACAACAAGAUGUGCGUGCUCAAGCGAAGCCUGAACGCGGUGAAGGGCAAAAACGCAGAGCUGACGAAGGAAAUCGAAAAGACACGGGAGGAUAACAACUACGUGCAGAACGAGGGCGCCGCCUCUGUCGUGGAUGAGAACUCCGUGGUCGCAAAGAAAAUUCGCGCACUUGAGAACCGCCUGGACAAGUGCCACAAGCACAACGAGGUGAACGCCAUCCGCUGCACCUACGAGACACUUCUAGAGCGGCUGCAGCUCGAGCAGGCCGGCUUUGACACGCAGCUCAGUUCAACGGAAAAGGCGCUUCAGUCGGCCAAGCGCGAGCUCGCGGAGCUGAAUGAUGUCGGCCAGCAGGCCAGCAAGAGCCGUGACCAGGCGCGCGCAGAGGUGAGUCAGCUCAAGGCGAAGCUCGCCGAGGACCGCCGCACACAGGCAAAGGACCUCGAGCAGCGGCGCCAGUUCUUGCAGGACAAGCGCGACGUCCUCGAGCGCAAGCACAAUGUCCUGGUAGUCAAGAUGGCCCAACAGGAAGAACGUCACGCAAAGGCGAUGCAGACGCUCAUCGGCGGUGGCAACGGUGCCGGCGGCACCGCGAACAGCCGCCGCCGUCUGCAGGACGGCACGGAACGUGGUGGAAACGCCUCAUGGCUCGCCACGCUUUCCAGCGAGGAGCUCGACGAGCUGCGUCAUCAGAAAGAGGCCUACCUCAAGCUUCGUGAUGCGACGAUGUCGUCCAACGUCGCCGAGGUCAUCGCAAAGGUUCUCGAGCGUCGCGACAACCACGAGCAGCUUUCGAACACCGCCUCCGAGCUUGAGCGCGAUGCGAACCAGGCCACCAAGGCUCGCAUGCAGAGCUUGUGGGACGACAUGAACCAGAGGGCAGGCGGCGCCAUGGUGACCGCCAAGACCACCCGCACUGCCCGCGACGUGAAGCGGCUCAAGACCGUUCAGGCCGCCGGCGGCGGCGACUCCGACGACGACUCGACGAUAACUUCGGUGAACCGUGCCAUCGCGGCGGAGUUCGCCAGCCACCUCAAGGACCGCGAGGGCGAACUGGACGAGGCGCAGAAGCAGCAGGACGUGCUGUCCCAACUCGUCACGGACGUCGAGGCCGGCGUGCAACACUUAGGCGAGAAGCUCUCCGUGCUGCGCGUGUCAGACCUCCCACCUCUGCCUCCGCCUCGACUUUGA